AUGGCGAAUACAAGCCCUGAUCUAAAUUCCAUCCUGGCUGCUCUAGCUAACCCGCCACCAGCGUCCCAGUCGCAGCGACCAGCAACAUCGACCCCGACCCAAGGCCAGCCUGGUCUUCCUGCGCCAUCGUAUCAUCCUCCUCCCCAAGGCGGCUAUCCAGGCGCUCCGCCGCCGUCAGCAUACCAGCCUCCCAGCGGCUAUCCCUACCCCCAGCCGUCGUCAAGCGGUAACCUCGACCUCAGUGCCAUCAAACCUGUCACCUCCGGCACAGUCAGCAUCGAGGACGCGAUCGCGAAAGCCAAGGCCAUUGCCGCGGGCCAGGGUGUUGCGCCAUAUGAGCGACCACCCGUCUACGCCUCUGCCGACUCGCGCGGCGAUGGACGAGCAUACAGAUCAUCUCGCUCACGAUCUCCAACUCGUCGUGAUGCCUUCCGUGAUAACUUCAACCCCUACAGAGAUGAGCGCCGCGAGGAUCGUGGCGGCUCAGGUCGUGACUAUGGUGGUCGUGAUCGGUCUUACUCUCCUGGCCCAAGAGGACGUCAGGGCGGCACAUUCUCACCUCGUGGUGCAAAUGGUGGCGCCCGGGACCGUUCCCCAAGAGGAGGCGAUGAUAACUCAGAAACCAUUCAGAUCGAGUCCAGUCUGGUCGGACUGAUCAUCGGACGACAGGGAGAGAAUCUACGACGAGUUGAAGGCGACAGCCAUUGCCGAGUACAAUUCUUACCAGCUACCAAUCCCGAUGAUCAGUUUCGACAGUGCAAGAUUACUGGCCCUCGCGCUAGAAGAGCGGAGGCCAAGGCUGCCAUCAACCGGAUCAUUGAAGACAGUGGCAUGGGUGCUAUCGCACGGGCUGGUCUCGAUCGGGGCGGCAACCGCGACUCAAAUCGAGGAGGUCCUUCAGCUGCAGCUGCCGCCGCCGCCGCGGCAGCGGCGGCAGCACAGGCGCCCCUCAAAGAUGGCGAAGAUUGCAUGCAAAUCAUGGUUCCUGAUCGGACUGUUGGCUUGAUUAUUGGCCGUGGAGGAGAGACUAUUCGAGACUUGCAAGAACGAAGUGGUUGCCACAUUAACAUCGUCGGCGAGUCUAAGAGUGUCAAUGGUCUUCGUCCCGUCAACCUCAUUGGACCUCAUGCUGCUGCUGUCCAUGCAAAGGACCUUAUCAUGGAGAUUGUGGACAGCGACAGCAGAGGUGGCGGCAAUAACCAGCAGCAACAACAACCCCAACAACAGCAAUCGAGGAACAACCGCGAUGCUGGACACGGCGGCGGUGCUGACAAGAUCAACGACUCAAUUUACGUUCCUUCAGAAGCCGUUGGUAUGAUCAUCGGCAAAGGUGGCGAGACAAUCCGGGAGAUGCAAAACACUACGGGUUGCAAGAUUAACGUCUCACAAUCUUCUGGCCCGGGAGAGGUUGAACGAGAAAUUGGUCUGAUUGGGAGUCUUGAUGCAAUUAAUCGCGCCAAGCAAGCUAUUGAAGACAAAGUCGAGGCAGUUCGACAAAAGAACAUGGGCGGUGGAGGUGGCGGCGGCGGCCGAGGAGGUGGCCGUGGCCAACAUCGCGAUUAUGACAAUCCUGGCUAUGGCCAGCCAUCUAACAACAACAGUGCAGCGAUGAACAACGCUCCUGCAGUUCCAGCACCUGCAGGUGGUAACGGACAAGCUGAUCCGUAUGCAGCCUAUGGUGGUUACAACGCCUACCUUGCCCUCUGGUAUCAGGCUUUGGCAGCGCAGCAAGCCGGCGGCGGUGAUGCUGCAAAGCCGCCUGGAACCUCGUAG